CGGGGUGGCGUAGCGGAUUGCGCCCGAUCCCGUUUUAACAUUUUUCACACACAACGAGCUUGAUCCGUGACUUAUUUGUGUAAAAUAAUUAUAAGUCGAUAGUGAUAAGUGUUUCGGUAGCGCCCUACACCGCGAUGGACGCUGCGUAAGCUGUGAAAUUGUGCCUAACAAGUUGUUCGUCGUAUGUUGUCUAAUGGCGUCCAGAACAGAAUAAAAUCAAAAUGUUUGUGUGAAAUCGUGAAUUAAUCUGAAGAAGGUGCUGUGAUGUGUUUAGUUGCUGCAAGGAGUGGCGCGUGGGUAGCGCGGUGAUGGCGGUGGCGGGCGCCCCAUGAGCCGGCUGCUGUGCUGCCUGCGUGAGCGCCGAGCCGACAUGGGCGCCGCGCUCUCGCAUCCUCAGGAGGGCGAGGCGUGCGACGGCGCCGGCGUGGCGGCCGCGCCUCCCACCAUGGCAGAUGUCAUACGAGAGAGGAAGAAGAAGGCUGCGGGCUCCGGUCUCGGCACGCUGCGGCGUCGUAUAGCGCUCGUCCGUCGUCCGCGAGACAACCGACCCGAUAGAGGUUGCGAGCACGCGCGCUUCAUCCGCUCGGUAGUCAGUUCCUGGCGGCUGGCGGAAGUGUUCCUGCUGUGCGAGGAGUUGGAGGCCGGCGCUGCUCUCCGUGACCUGGUCACCCAGGCCGAGCUCGCCAGGGAACCGGCCGCCGCGCUGCAUGCUGACCUGGCGCACGCCUACAGAGACAGAUGGUGGUGCGACGUGGAGCUGGUGGGCGCGGGCUGGUGUAUAGCGGCGCACCGCGCCAUACUGUCCGCGCGCUGCACCUACUUCAGGGACCUACUGCAGCGAUAUCCGCCGUCGUGUUGCCGGGUGCCGCUAGAGGGCGCGGGUGCUGCGUUAUCCCGCGAGGAGAUGGAGGCCGCCGUGCUAGCGCUGUACGCUGGACCUCAGCCUUCUAGGGGACCCUGCGCCGCUUGCGCCAAGUGGGACCGCGCAGGUCCCGCGGACGGGGACCUGGACAUCAUCAACGGAGACAAUACUGGCACGUGGCGCAGUGUGGGCGGGGGCGCGUGCGGGUGCGGGCGCGGGGGCGCGGGCGGGGGCGGGGGCGCGGUGGAGCCCGCACUACUGCGCCGCCUCGCCUCGCUGCUGGGCUUCUCGCCCGACGCCCUGCACCACGACAUGAGAUACCUGCUCGACUCCGGCGAGCUAGCGGACACGCGGCUAGUGUUCCGCCUGGAGACAGGUUGUGGCGCCGCCUACGGGUUCCGCACCGCGCUGGAGCUGCCCUGCCACCGGCUACUGCUGGCGGCCAGGUCCAGGUUCUUCAGGAGCGUCAUGUCCCGGCGCGGCUCGGCCGGCGGGGGCGCGGGCGCGGGUGGGGGCGCGGGCGGGGGCGCGGUGGGUGCGUGGUGCGUGGACGAGAAGGUGCUGCCGCGCAGGUUCGCGCGCGCAUUACUGCACGCUGCCUAUACUGACACUGUGGACCUGUCCCUGAUAGGGCGUAGUUCGAGCUCCCCCUCCUCCACCAACUCUACGGGCAGCGGGACCACGGCGUGGUCCGGUGUAACUCGUAGUGGCAGUCGUCCAGUCACCGCCGCCAUGUUGGAUGACGCCUUCCAGCUGUAUGAGAUAGCCAGGUUUCUCGAAAUGCCGAUAGUGGUCCAAGGCUGUGAGGAUGCCAUAGUAGAAGCUCUGACCCCGGAGUGUCUGCCGCAUGUACUACGCUGGGCGGCACAGCCACACGCCAGCCACUGGGUGCACAGACAAGCCAUGCGCUACCUGCGCGACGAGUUCCCGACGAUCAUGUCGUCGGGCAGCUGCGGGCGCGUGCCGGGCGGCGCGCUGGGCGAGGCGCUGGCGUCCCCGUUCCUGCAGGCCGGCGAGGCCGUGGCGCUGCGCGGCGUGCUGCGCUGGGCCGCGGCCGCCCGCACGGUGGUGCGGCGCGGCAUCGUGUCCCCGGCGGGGGGCGAGGGCGCGGGCACGGCCGACGCCUGGCUCGCCCGGGGCUCCUACCGCCCGCCGCGCUGCUUCCUGCCUUAUUUGGAUGAAAUUAAGGCGUUGUUAGAGGACCAGGCGGUGCCCGAGGCGGAGUUGGCUCGCGCUCGACGCGAACGAUAUCUGCAUCGGAUACCCGAUACACUGUACAUGGUGGCGGCGGCCCGCAACGGCGGGCGGUCCCCGCUGGGCGCGGCGGGCGCGGCGGAGGGCGCGGCGGGGGCG